UUACAUCUCUUUCGACGGCGGCAUUAUUCGGCAGAAGCAGGCGUUCUGGAAUUUAGUCUCUUUAUAUUUCAUAUUUUAAGUGAACGGAACAAAAAAAAAUAAAACAUACACAAUGGAGGCGGCAUUGGAUGAACUAAUUGCCGGUCUGCUGUGCUCAGACACCAAGAGGAUACACGAGUGCACCGCCGCUUUGAGCAAGGCGUUUGAGAAUCCCGAGGCCCUGCCAGUGCUCUGCCAAAUGGUGGUGUCGACCCGCGAGGCACAAGUCCGCCAGUUUGCAGCUGUCCUGGUGAAUAAGCGUCUCCACAAGCUGCGACACUGGCAGAUGGUGCCACCCGAACAUCAGGAAGCCAUCAAGUCUUGCAUGCUCCAGGCGUUGAUAAGGGAGAAGGAGAAGGGCGUAAAGAAUGCCAUAGCCCAGCUUAUUGGGACUCUAGUGCGUCAUGAGGCGGACAAAAAGGACUCGUGGUUGGCUGACUUGCUGACCUUCAUUUUCCAACGAUGCAGCAUGGCCGAUCCCAAAGAGAGUGAGCUGGGAACAUCCAUAUUCGCCACGCUUACCGACGCCGCUCCAGAUCAGUUGAUCAACCAAAUGUCGGAGAUUUGUCAACUCUUUUCGAGUGUGAUGAUGGCCGCCCAGGCCAAUGGAGACACGGCUACCCCCACUGUAGCCAAUAUGAUGCAGGGAAUGUAUUCCCUGAUUCCAUUCAUUGUCGGCCACACAAGGGCUGAGCAGACGGUGGCCAAAGCCGUGCCUCUGAUGGUCUCUGCUCUCGAGGCCUUUGUCCAAAAGGGAGUCGUCACAGAAUUCACCACCGCCUUUGAGCUCAUGGAUUCCCUUGCCGAGUAUGUGCCGAAACUGCUGAAUAAUUACAUCAAGAUGUUGGUUGAUUUCUGCCUGGCAACGCUGGGCAACAAGCAGCUCGAUGAUCCAAUUCGUGUUCUGGUGGUGACCUUCGUGGGUCGCCUCGUCCGCAUCAAGAAGAAGGCAAUUUUCAAGCAGAAGCUCCUGGACCCCAUCCUGGUCGUCGUCUUUGAGAUGAUGUGCUGUGAAUUCGACAACGAUGAUGAGGAGGACUAUUUCUCGGGUACCAGCAACACUCCCGUGACCGCGGCCACCCAAACCCUCGAUGUCAUGGCUCUCCAGAUGUCGCCGGAGAAGCUGAUUCCCCCACUUUUGCUGAUCCUCGAGCCAGCUCUCCAGAAUCCGGACCCACUGCGCCGGCGUGCCGCCUUCAUGUGCAUGGCCGUCAUCGCUGAGGGGUGUUCGGAGGCCAUCAAACGGAAGUACCUUGAAAUUAUGCUGAACAUCAUCAAGAGCGGCAUCAUCGAUCAGAAUCCAUCAGUGCGCAAUUCGGCCUUCUUUGCGCUGGGCCAAUUCUCGGAGUUUAUGCAACCCGAGAUAUCCAAAUUCGCCCCACAGAUUCUGCCCGUGCUCUUUGAGUUUCUGCACCAACUGAUUGUGGAGCUAAAGAUGGGCCAGCCGGAGCCCACCCACAUGGAUCGCAUGUUCUAUGCUUUGGAGGUUUUCUGCGAGAAUCUCGAGGAGGAGAUUGUGCCACAUCUGCCAGUGCUGAUGGAUCGGCUCUUCGAGUGCAUGGAUCAACAGAACUCAAUUCACAUUCGACAGCUGGCCCUGUCCUGCAUCUCGUCGGUUGCCACCGCAUCGAAGACGAAUUUGGUGCCGUACUUCAAUCCCAUUGUGGAUAUACUGAAGAAUUAUCUGGUGAAUGAUUGUGACAUUGCGCUGAAUGAGCUGCGCAUUCAGUCCAUCGAUACACUGGCUGCGAUCACCCGAACGGUGGGAAAGGAGAACUUUAUGCAUCUCGCCCAAGACACGAUGAACUAUUGCACGAAUAUGCUGGAUCAGGGUCCAGACGAUCCCGACCUGCGACGCGCCAUCUACUCUCUGAUUGGAGGGCUGUCGGUUAUUGUCACAGAGGAUAUGAAUACGGUCUUCCCCAAGGUGAUCGAGCGCCUGAUUCAGACGGUGGUAUCGACAGAGGAUGCGCUGUUAAAGGUACGCGAAGACUCGCCUACGGGCAACCUCCUGACCGAAAUCGAUCUGGGUGACACCGACAACGAGGACGAUGAUGACGACGAUAUUGGUGAUUAUCAGGUGGAGAAUGACUACGUCUUUGAGAAGGAGGAGGCCAUAUUGACGCUCAAGGAGUUCGCUGCAAAUGCAAGCAUCGCCUUUGCCCCCUACCUCACAAUGGUUUUCGAGGAGGUGUACAAAACCAUAGAUCACAACCAGGAGGUCAUCCGCAAAGCAGCCAUCGAGGCCCUCAGCGCGUUCGUGAUUUGCCUCCACAAAAUGAACGACGCAAACGGAGUGAAGCGUGCAAGCUCUAUCCUAAUUCCAAAGUUUGUUUCGCUAGUUAAAAAUGACGAAGAGCAAGGAGUGGUCUGCCAAAUUCUCGACGAGCUUGGCGACCUUUUCAAGGCCGUCAAGAAGGCGGCAUUGCCCACGUCUGAUCUUGCCGAGGGGGUCAUUGGAUGCAUCAAAGACGUGCUGCUCAACAACACGGCUUGCCAAUUUAAUGAGCCGAGUGGCGGCGGCGACGAGGAGGAGGCCGAUGAAAGCGAGUACGAUGAGGCACUCAUCGAGAGUGGUGCCAAUCUGGUGGCCAUGAUUGGCCACGCCCUCGAACCAGAGAUAUACUCGAUGUACUUUGGACGACUCUACAAUUUCUUUCUGACCAAACUGGAAAAGGCCAAGAAGAACGACGAUCAGGACCAGCGUUCCUUCAUCUAUGGCGUCCUGGCCGAAUGCUUCCAAUCGUUGGGCCUCUGUGUGGUAACAUACUUCGAUUCGCUCUGUCCCGUGCUCCUGGGGGGCACCACCGACUCGUACGCCAAGGCGCGCCAGAACAGCUACUUCGGCCUGGGAGAGCUAGUCUAUCACGCCGAAGAGAAGUCCUUUGAAUCGUUUGGAGUGAUUUUGCAGGCCCUCUCCGAUGCGAUCGCCAAGGAGCAGAAUGCCCCUGCUCUGGAUAAUAUCUGCGGGGCUGUGUCGCGCCUGAUCAUAACCAAUCACAAUAUGGUGCCACUGAAUCAUGUGCUGCCCGUUUUCAUCUCCAGUCUGCCCCUCCGCGAGGACACCGAAGAGAAUGAUGUGGUGCUCAAGGCCUUCCGCGUGCUCUACAUGAAUUCGCGUCCCAGUAUUGUCAAUCACAUUGAGCAGAUGGUGAGCGUCAUCCUGCAUGUGCUGUUCAAGCGGGAAUUCAGCGACAACGACAUGACGUCGAACGCGGUUAACUUUGUGAAGGAAAUCCGCAACGACUAUCCAGAGCACUUUAACAAUGUGGCCAACUCCAGUCCGGAGGUGUUUGCAUUCGUACAGACCCUCUAAGCAGCAGAUACACUGUCAGACCUCGCAACUAUUACUAGCUCAUACACAUUCAAGGAGUUUUAGGCCAAAUCUCAAAACUUUUUAGUCGGGAACAUCCCAUAUCUAUAUGAUGGCGUCGAAGUUUAUUCAAAAUUGUUCAAAAUGUUUAGUCAACAACACAAACACACACACGCGCAGUACACGCCAUUAUAUGGCAGUCAGUCCCAGAAUAUGGGGAACAUAAAUACACAUAUAACCUCUCGAAGAAAUUUAUCUCUCAGAGAGAUACAUGGAUACACGAUACGAGCUAAUGAAAUGUUUUCUAAUUUAUAAUUGCAAAGCGAUAUGAAUAGUCUGAAAUAAAAUAAACGAAUCAAUGAAUACUUGAA